GCCUUAGUUGUGCCGCGACGGCCAUGACCCAGACCAGAGCGACACGGUUUGCGCUACUAGCGCGGACAGUGUUGUAGCCGGAGACGGGGAAACCCUAGCUAGCCCUCCGGGUAGGAUAUAAGAUAGGCUUGAGGGAAUCCAACAGACCCGGCGGCAAGAAUAGAACUAGGGAGAUCUGCUAAAUCGACAAUAGAUGGCGGCGGCUCUUCGAUUUGCUGCGAGAAAGAUCUGCGGUCGCGCCCUUCAGCGACCACUGCAGCCGUAUCUUACGGCGGCCGCCGAAGCUGCCAUCAAAGAGGACAAGCGGCAGCUGUUGCGCCAUGGCGCGGCCUAUCUUCGCAGGUUCUCCAGCGAAUCGCAAAAUCUUUUCAAGAACAAGCUUGGAGCCAUGUCCGGGGCAAAUCCUGCGGCGGCUUCUCCACUAAUCAAUAAUGCACAAGCCACAUCUCCUCCACCAAUAUGGUCGCCUAGGAACAAAAUGUUCUUACCCCUUGCUGCUGUGUACGUAACGGCCUUAUGUGCAGGAAUCUCUGGAAUACUUUACUAUUGUACUCCCUCCGUCCGGAAAUACUUGUCAUCAAAAUGGAUGAAAAUGGAUGUAUCUAGAACUAAAAUACAUCUAGAUACAUCCAUUUCAAUGACAAGUAUUUUCGGACGGAGGGAGUACCCAUGAAGAGCGGGGCCCCUUUUUCGAAACCCCGAAGAAGCGGAGUGAUUAACGUUCAGAUUUGUCCUAUGCUUCGGAGAAAGCAGAAUAAUUGGGUAUAUGAUUUAGUAGUAGUUAGCUUCAUCGCCUGUUUUUUACUCUGACUGUGUUGAACAAUGGUUACGAUGAUUUAGUAGUACUUGAGCUUCUUCUGUCUGUUUUC